AUGGCCGUAGCUCUUGGAAAACGAAAACGCCGCACAGAGGCAGAGAAGCCUAAGAAGGCGGUCGCACGUACGUCAGUGCGCCGGGAGAGUAGCGACUCGAGCGACGGCGAGACGGCAAAAGCUCUCUUUCGUCGCGCAUUUGAGGCAAAAUUCAAGCCGCUGGAGAAGAUCGAGAAACCGGAAGUUCAGCAAGAAGAUCUGGAGACAGAUGAUGAUGAAGUUUCCGAAUCCGACUGGGAUGGAAUUGCAGACGAAGGAGCGGUCGAAGUCGUGCGACAUGUUCUGCCUGAAUUCACCCGCUCAGCUGAGAUAGACGGCGGCAAGAAGGCAUUUAUGUCAUCAAAACCGCCCACUCUGGAAGCAGCAGGCUCAAAAGUCCCCCUUCGGAAACUCGCAAAGACGGCAGACCCGGAAGAGACAGGCGUAGAGGCAGACAAUAUCAAAAAUGACCUCGCUCUUCAGCGUCUUCUCAAAGAAUCUCAUCUACUAGACGCAAACGCAAGCCAGGCUUCGUCCGGACCACAAGGCAAAGGUCGACUAAAAGCGCUGGACAUGCGAUUUCAAGACCUAGGUGCCAAGACAUCCAUUCUACAGCAGGAGAAGAUGCCACUAGCACAUCGCAAAGGUAUCGCUGCGAAGAGUGCCAACCGCGAAGCCACUCGGAGAAAGGAAGCCGCCGAGAACGGAGUUAUUCUGGAGCGAGCAAAGGCUGUUAUCAAGCCGCAACAGCAACAGAGGAGAGAACGAGGCAUCGGCGGGCCUGGAGUCGGCAAGUUCAGAGGUGGCACUUUGAAACUCAGUUCAAGCGAUGUGAAAGGGAUCCAAGGUUCUGGAUCUCGCAAGUCUGGAGGUGGCAAGAAGGGGAGAAGAUAG